AUGGACCAAGGGAAACGAGCGUCUGUCGUGCAGUUGCUGUCGCGUGCGCUACUCAGUAUCCGCACCACCCCCCCACGCAUCAUUGCUUCCCCUGCCACUCAGCCUCGUCGUGCUGCCGUCGCGAUCGUCAUUCGUGUGGCGCCUUCUGCCCCCCCGUCUCCGAACGACGCACCCGUACCUACUCUCAGCCAGUUUUUCGACCUUGAAUGGGUAAAUCACCCGUCUGCACGCCCAGAAAUUCUUUUCGUAAGAAGAACAGGCUUUGCACCUGAUGGCGUGCCCGGACCUAUUGGCGAUGCAGGACCCAAAGCCAAGAGCAGCGAAGAAGCCCAUCUUGCCUUUCCUGGGGGCCGCACUGAAGAUGGAGACGAAGGGGGUCUGUACACCGCUAUGCGGCAGACAUGGGGAGAAACUGGCUUGGACCUUGCAGAAAGGGACUUCAUUUGCAUUGGGCAGUUAGAUGACCGAGAAAUUACCACCUCAUUGGGCAAGCGCCUACUCAUGAUACUUUCCCCAUUCGUUUUCCUGCAACUCACGCCCAGUACACUACCCACCGAUCCGUCAGAGGGGACAACGAUUCAUUGGAUUCCUUUGCAGUCACUUGUAAACCCCGUGCUACCCCACGCAGUUCGUCCAUCGGCCUUGGCAGGAAGGUGGUCCAGCGUGACGGUAGACGCUGCAUCAAGACUAGCACCUCGCCAUGCUGCUAUCUUGAAGGUCCUCGUCAGACUCUUAUUAGGGAGCAUGCAAUUCCCUGCCAUACUCAUCCACCUACCGGACCCCAACUCUUCACGGCCACAGAAGACAUAUACGGAUACUGUAUCCAGUCAAACGACGAGAACGUGCGAACUAAAGUUGUGGGGUCUUUCCCUGGGCAUGACGCUCGAUUUACUUGCCAAGAUGGUUCCCGACAUGGAGGGUGGUACUGGAUGUCCCUCUGCAGCCUUACGAUUACCAUUCCACCCUGUAGGAGGUGAAGGUAUGCGGAUUGAUGCAAUUGCGCCAAGCUUGGCGAGCGUGUUCCCGCGGUUCUCGUAUCCCGAUGUCAAUUUCUGGAUUUGGGUCUUUGGGAAACGUUACCGCGAAGUUAUACGUAGCUGGGAAUCCAGCAUACGUGAGGGUGGGGCGAACGACAAACGCCUCAACUGGACAGGCACUGCACUAAGCAAUUUCUAUGCCGCUGUACGCAAGGCGCUUCUGGUCGUUCUGGUUCUCAGAGCAAUUGGUGUCGUGUUCGGCCUAGCCUUAUUAGGGUGGUGGGUAAUUUGA